AUGUCUUCACGAGUGUUUCUGAUUGCCAACGGCGAGACCGACUGGACCGACGAGGGAAAACACGAAAGCGUGACGGAGCGAGGGCUGCUGCCACGCGGGAUCGAGCGGGUUGGGGAGCUGCGAGAGGCGUCUGUGGGAGUCGGCAAGCUGAUUGACCCGCGGAAGAUCUUGAAGAUCUACUGUUCUCCCCGCGAACGGGCCCGGCGAACGGUAGAAAUCCUGCAUUUAGGCGUGCACAGCUCGCAGACGUUCCACGAGCGCGAGAGCGACACCCAAACGGUUACCCCCUCGCUGUUUGCACGGGAGCUGGACGGAAACAUGAUCGAGGUGACGCCCGCGCUGGAGGAAUGGAAGUACGGCGAAUAUGAAGGGUUGACUGUGCGGGCUGUGCAGGAGGAGCGUCACGCGAGAGGGGAGGAGGCGUGGAAUAUUUGGAGAGAUGGAUGUCCGGGGGGGGAGUCUCCUUCUGAUGUUACUGCUCGGCUCGACAAGCUGAUUGACGAGAUCAAGGCGCAUAUAGAUGAUACGGUGGUGAAAUGGCCAACGGGUCAACGGGGGACACACCGGCGUGACCAGCCGAGGGAUGUUGUCUGCGUGGCGCAUGGGCAUGUCCUGGCCUCGUUGGCGUUACGGUGGGCAGGUCAGCCUUUGGAGAAUGGGAUGCGGUUGAUUGUUCAGCCUGGGGGAGUUGUUGUUCUGGGGUAUGAGCAUGAGAAUCUGGAUGAACCGGCUAUUAUAUUAGGUCGUCAGGCGGGAAAUUAA